ACCGAAAUCUGAAAAGCUCAAUUUGAAACGUGAACGAAUCAACAAACCCCAAGUUCCCAACUGAGCUGAACUCCCUCUCGAAGUCUUCGCCCGCUCCUUUCUUGUAUUCUCUGGUCUCCUACCUCAUUUGAGGUUUAAGCUUCCUGAAACUGAGGGUGUACAACUUACAGGAUCAAUCUGUGAUAACGCUCCAAAAUACUUGAAAUCUGCCAUACGAAAUCCUAAACCCAGUCCAUUUCGAUAGAUCAUCGGCAUAUCGACCGAUUUGAGCUCUAAUGGCGAAUUCUGAGCCGGCUUCACUUGCUGUGUGUUCGACUGUUUCUCCUCUGACUUCGAAAAAAGAAAACAUGACUCCCAUUGGCUCAAAGAUCUCUGAAUUAAACGAAUCUAGAUCGGAGCUGCUUAGCAGAAUUCAAGGGUUAAAACAGGACUUGCAGAACUGGAGGUCCAAAUUAGAUACCCAAGUUAAAAUCUACCGCGAUGAGCUAUCAGAACUCAAGAAAUCUCUCAAUGUGGAGGUGGAGCAACUAAGAUCAGAAUUUCAAGAACUGAAAACUACUCUCCAACAGCAACAAGAGGAUGUAGCUGCUAAUCUAAGGAACUUGGGGUUGCAAGAUAUGUCAGAGGUUGCCAAGGAAACCAAAACUCCCGAGGCAGAAGAAAACAAAGCAGAGGAAAUUCCAGCACCAUCAGAGGAGAAUAGUGAGGGUAUUCAACAUUAAUUGGAUUUUACCUGGAGCAAUCUCAAGUUGUCUCUCAAAGGAGAGACUGUUUGGUCCGAAUCCAUUGUUUUCUGUCAAAUAGGGAAGAGGCUUUUUGCCCAUUUUCUUUUCACUUACGAGAAAAUGAAAUGAUGAGAGCUGUAACAGCUGUAGAUAAGUUAAAAGACUUGACAUUGUUGUUCAAGAUGGAACAUGCCUGUAGUAAUUGUUUUAUUAUUACUCCCUUAGUUUCCUCCAUAGCCUCUUCAACUUAGAGAUUUUUUGUUUUUAAUUUUUCAAUGAGUUGUUGUCUUUUAGUCCAGGCCUUGUUUAAUGCUUGCUGUGGCUGUAA